GGAUUCCAAGCUGUUCAGACCAUGCAUUCCUCAUGAACAGACCCCUUGACUUUUGUGCUUAUGUUGAGGGACGAGGGACUGUACUGUGGAGCUGUUUGCAGCCGUAAUGACAUGACACAGCUAGAACCCAAUCAGUGCUGGUCCAGGCACACUUAGAAACUUCUACGAGGCCUCAGCUUCCAAAGGCUCAGACACAGCAAGUAACUCCUUUUAUGACUCUUGACCAUCGGUUGUUCAACCAGACUCUCAAGAGAACACAGCCUCUAGCAGCAAGCUGCAUGCCUCUGGCAGAGCAUGGACCCAGGAGCCCAGACAGUGAUGCUGGCUGUGCAGGAAACCCAUUCACAAAUCCUCUGGCUCUUGGGAAAGAAGACGGUGUUGUGGAAUGGCGGUUGUCUGGUAGUAUUUUGGAUGUGUAUAGUGGCGAGCAGGGCAUUUCUCCAGUUAACACUGGUCUUAUGAAUGCUUCUUGUCCAAGUAUUCUACCCAUGAAGAAGGAAAUUGCAGAAACUGACACUAGAGCUUUGGCAAAGGAGAGACAGAAAAAGGACAACCACAACCUCAUUGAAAGAAGAAGAAGGUAUAAUAUUAAUUACAGAAUCAAGGAGCUUGGCACUCUUAUUCCAAAGUCUAAUGAUCCUGAUAUGCGCUGGAACAAAGGAACCAUUCUAAAAGCAUCAGUGGACUACAUCAAGUGGUUACAAAAAGAACAACAGAGAGCCCGGGAGUUAGAACACAGACAGAAGAAAUUAGAGCAUGCUAACCGGCAGCUUAUGCUCCGGAUUCAGGAGCUAGAAAUACAAGCGCGUGCUCAUGGUCUACCAAUCCUGGCUUCACUCGGCACAGCUGACUUUGGUACCCACAUCCCUAAACAGCAGACCCAUUCUGAGAAGAACUCAGUAGGCUGUUGCCAACAACUGACUCCAUCCCAGGGGACAAGCCCGGAGUUCUACGAGCAAGCUGUGCCUUUCUCUGAUCCACUGUCUCACUUCACAGAUUUAUCGUUUAGUGCUGCUUUGAAAGAGGAGCAAAGAUUGGAUGGUAUGCUACUAAGUGAUACAAUAUGCCCCUUUGGGACGGACCCGCUACUCUCUGCCAUUUCUCCUGCAGUUUCCAAAGCGAGCAGUCGAAGCAGCCUUAGCUCAGAGGAUGGCGAUGACCUGUAAGCCACAGAUAGACUCAAGUCAUCAACCAGGAAGCAGCUCCGUGCGGGUGCUUCUCAAUCGUGGUCUGUGCUUCACACCUGGCUUUCACUUAAUUCUCUGAAAGGAAUGAUUAUAAGUGAUGGAAUAUCUCAUGGGAAGAAGAAACAUGAUGCUAAAGAAUCAUUGAAGAUCACAGAAUUGUUGCCCACUUUGCCUACAGAGUUCAGAUUUCCUUACAUUUAAUUUCCCUGGAAAGUGGUUCAACUUAAUAACCACUGCGGUGUUGAUACCUUCCGAGCUGUGAAAUACAUGAUAGCACAUUACUGGAGUUUCAGUCUCUCAGGAGACUGCAACAUCCCACUCCCCUCUCACUUCCACACCCUGCCUAACCUUCUACAACAUCAUUUUCUGAAGAUUCACAACUAACAAGUUUUGUGAUAAUUUCUUUUCCUCUGUCUGGUGGACAUAUUACGUAUAGCCAAA